UAGGCUGAGCAGUCCAAAUCCCUUUCGGCUGUGCCGCGUGGCCGGAGCGCAGCAGCUUUUGCAGCCGGGCAGCAACAGCGCGCCGAGAGAAGGCAAAGCCGCCCCUGCCUAUCACGCGCCUUUCCCUCGCUGCUGGCUGCCGCCUCCGCCGCGGGCGCCAGCCUCAGCUCACCUCGCCUCGCCUGCUCUCCCUCCCUCCCUCCCUGCCUGCCUGCCUGCCUCCCUGCCCAGGCGUCAGUGGCACAGGACGGCCAGGGCCGCUCAAAGGUCUGGUGGACGGCAACCGCAGAACCAGCCCCGACCUCUUCUUCCUUCUGCCAAGAGCGCGGCCAGAGUCCUGGGCUUGAGAGGGAGUCAUGACAGCUGAAAAGGCUAUCCCUAUAAUUAAUGGCAAACCCGAAGAUGCUCAGGAUCCUGAAGCCUCCAGCACCAAUUUGGUCCACAGCAACGACAAGAAGGUGCACGAAAGAGGCCAUUGGAACAAUAAGAUUGAAUUUGUGCUCUCUGUGGCAGGGGAAAUUAUUGGGUUAGGGAACGUGUGGCGAUUCCCAUAUCUCUGCUACAAAAAUGGAGGAGGUGCCUUCCUUAUACCCUAUGUCAUUUUCUUCAUUUGCUGUGGAAUACCAGUGUUUUUCUUGGAAACUGCUUUGGGGCAGUUUACUAGUGAAGGAGGAAUUACAUGCUGGAGAAAAGUUUGCCCAUUGUUUGAAGGGAUUGGAUACGCCACCCAGGUUAUUGAAGCACAUUUGAAUGUUUACUAUAUCAUCAUUUUAGCAUGGGCUAUUUUUUAUCUAUUUAACUGCUUCACAAUGGAGCUUCCCUGGGCAAGCUGUGGUCAUGAGUGGAACACAGAACAUUGUGUGGAAUUUCAGAAACUUAAUAUGAGCAAUUGCACUCAACAAUAUUUGCAGAAUGCUACUUCUCCAGUCAUGGAAUUUUGGGAACGAAGAGUGUUGGCCAUAUCGGAUGGCAUUGAACACAUUGGGGAUCUGCGCUGGGAACUGGCACUAUGCCUUCUGGCUGCCUGGACUAUCUGUUACUUUUGCAUUUGGAAAGGUACAAAGUCAACUGGCAAGGUUGUAUAUGUAACCGCUACAUUUCCAUACGUCAUGUUGUUGAUUCUACUGAUUCGAGGAGUAACAUUACCUGGGGCCUCUGAAGGAAUAAAAUUCUACUUGUAUCCCGACCUAUCUCGUCUUUCUGACCCACAGGUCUGGAUAGAUGCUGGAACACAGAUAUUUUUCUCCUAUGCUAUCUGCCUGGGAUGCUUGACAGCCCUAGGAAGCUACAAUAGCUACAAUAAUAAUUGUUAUAGAGACUGCAUUAUGCUCUGUUGCCUGAACAGUGGUACAAGCUUUGUGGCUGGUUUUGCCAUCUUUUCUGUUCUUGGCUUUAUGGCUUAUGAACAGGGGGUUCCCAUAGCAGAGGUUGCAGAAUCAGGACCUGGACUUGCUUUCAUUGCAUAUCCAAAAGCCGUAACAAUGAUGCCUCUUUCUCCAUUGUGGGCAACUUUGUUUUUCAUGAUGCUUAUAUUCCUUGGAUUAGAUAGUCAGUUUGUGUGUGUUGAGAGUCUUGUGACAGCAGUGGUGGAUAUGUACCCCAAGGUUUUCCGGAGAGGAUAUAGAAGAGAAAUGUUGAUCCUAGCUCUUUCAAUUGUGUCUUACUUUCUUGGUUUAAUUAUGUUAACAGAGGGCGGAAUGUAUAUUUUCCAGCUAUUUGAUUCUUAUGCUGCUAGUGGAAUGUGUCUUCUUUUUGUUGCUAUAUUUGAGUGUGUCUGCAUUGGGUGGUUUUAUGGAAGCAAUCGGUUUUAUGACAACAUUGAAGAUAUGAUUGGGUACAGACCACUGAUAAUGUUUAAAUGGUGUUGGAUGUUGAUUACUCCUGGCAUUUGUGCAGGCAUCUUCAUAUUUUUCCUGGUGAAAUAUAAACCUUUGAAGUAUAACAACGUAUAUAUAUACCCAGACUGGGGUUAUGGUAUUGGCUGGAUGAUGGCUCUGUCCUCCAUGGUCUGCAUUCCUUUGUGGAUCUGUGUAAAACUGUGGAAAUCAGAAGGAACCAUUUUGGAGAGAUUCAGAAAACUGAUUGUAGCUAGCCCAGAUCUGAAAAUGAGAGGAAAGAUCAGAGCUGGCUCAUAUGUUGCUACAGCAAAUGACUACGAUGCCAAAUUGAAAGGUGAUGGCAACAUUUCAGCCAUUACAGAAAAAGAAACACAUUUCUAAAUGAACUUUCUAUUAUUAUUUUUUUUUUGUAAAAAUGAAGACAUAAAUAAAUAAAUGAAUGAAUACUUCACUUAAUUAUAGAAACCAGCUUGUUUUGCACAACUUUAUUAACAAGUUAAUUUUAAAGUGAACUUGUAUAAUUGUUUAAAAGUGGUUUUUAAUUAUUAUAUAAGUAACAAUUAUAUAUAUAAAUAUAUAUAUAUAUAUAUAUAAAUCAGAUAGAAUUCUUUGUUAGUGAUGAUUUGUAAUAUUGUGAUUCCAGUGUUUUUAUAGCUCCUAGAAGGAUCUGUAUAAUCUGUUGUAAAAUGUUUACACUUUUUAAAGGCAUGUGUUGUAUAGUUACUACACAUUCUAAUUUGUAAGCAUGUCCAACCAUUUCAGCUUCUACUAUAUGUACAUAAAGGGAAUCACAAUGUCAUUAUGUUAAUAUCUAAAAGGGUACUUUCUUCAGAUAUGUAGCUUUAUUUAACACCUAACUUCCUGAACUGGGGCCUGAUCCAAUACCAUGGAUGUUGAUCUAAAUCUUUCUGUGGACCAUCAGAGCUGUUUACUGGAGCACUGAUAGCCUUCAAUCAUGCUUGUGUAUUGUUAAGUAAAGAAAUGAUACAAGCCUACCUUGGCCAGGCCAAACAUUGACAUUUGGCAAGCCUGUCUUCACAGGUUCUGAGGCAAUGCUUUUCUGCUCAGCCUUUGAAUCCAAUUUCUGCUUUGGACUUGUGUUGUCUUGAAUAAUACACUCCACAUCUCAUGGAGUCACCUUGGAAGCUUUUGGGAGUUUCAACAGCAGCCUCUUCAAUGUAUGUAUUCAAAUACAAGAGAUGUAGCUCUGAAUCCUAUGGUGGAUAUACAUGUUCAGGUUUCUCUUAGUAUUACAGUAUAUAGAUUAUUUAUAAAAAGUAAAUGAGGAAAUUCCUUCUUUAAACUUGUUUAUUUUGCCUGACCUACUUAACAUACUUACAGAAGUGUGGGGGAGACAACUUGAAUUAUAUUUUUCCUGAAUUCUCAUAGAAAUUAUUUUUAUACAUAAAAAAGCUAUUAAGAUGCUAGUUAUAUUAAUAGAGUUUGAUUUCCCAGGUAUUGGUGUAUGAAUUUUAUUCUUCUUUGUUUGAGCCUAAUGAUUACAUAAACUAUCUCAAGUGUUUUGCAUUUGACUUUUGAUUUGUUUUUACAGAGAGACAGGCAUAGUUUAUGCAUGUGACAUUAAAAGAAGUCAUAGUAGGAAUGGUAGGAAAUUAUGUCUUCAGUUUUCUCCAAAUUGGUAAUACAAGAUCUCUUGGGUCUGUAACUCCCACAAUGGCAAUCAGCAUGCUUAUCUGCUGACCAGAGAUUUGGGGCAUUCUACUACUUCUGGCUUAUUUGGAGGAAACUGGUUAGAUAUGGCUUCUUCCAUAAGUAACUAACAAAAGUUAUUGUGUUUGAAAAACUGAUAUAUGCAAAUAUAUAUAAGGCAUUUAAUAAAUGCCCUAAUUUUAAUAAAUCCCUAUAUUGUUUCUUUUGCUGUAACACCAGGGAAAAAGCCACCAAUUAAUCAGCAUGACAUGGUGUAACACAGCAGAUAUUAUUUUAAAGUUUAAUCUAAAAAUAAUUUUGAAAAUAACUAAACCAUAUUAAGACACUUUGAACUCUGGAAUCUGAUAUAAUUUAUUACAGAAGAACUACAGAAAGAAUGGAUUUUAUUUAAGUAUUGUUGAAUUUGAUCAGCAUUUUUUUUUUUUGCAUGGGAUGCUUAUAUUGCUGAUUUUUUUUAAAAAAAAAAAACAAAACCAAAGCAGCAAACAUUCAGACAGUUUUAGUUAAGAAUCUUUAAGUAGCAUAGCACUAAAAAUACCCCAAUGAAUUAUAUGCUUCAGAUGUUUUAUUAGAAGAAAAUUCUGAAGAAGUGGGUGGUGAUUCAAAAUGGGAAGGUUCACACAUACCAAAAACUAUGUACAUGCUCUAUAUUAAUCUUUAUCUCUCCGAUCAAAUCUAUUGAACUAAUUAUAUCUCAUUAUUCAAGGUAGAGGAAAGAUGCAAUAUAAAGAAUCUUUUCAUGAACCUUUGCAGUUUAAUCCCGAGCUGUAUAGAUUCUACAGAUUCAAAAAGAACUGAAAAAGUCAGUCUUUACAUCAUAUGCAUGCUUUGAUCUUUUGAAUGAUCUUGACAGCAAUAAGUGAUAAAUCUGUGUUAUUGACUUUUUAUUUAUUUAUAUUUUCUUCAUAGACAAUUAUCCAUUGCUAGAAUCUAUGCAUUGCCUUUUUCAAGUUAUAUAUGUGGUAAGUACCAGGUUUUUUCUAAAUAAAUAAAUAAAAACAAAAUGAAUCAAGUUGUUAAUUUAGAAGGUAGUCUGUAUUCUGUGUCCAUGAAUCUCCUUAUGAAUUCCUAUUAUUACAUGAAUUACAAAAAGAUACAAAUCUAAUUUAAUAUUCUUCAGUAUCUAUAGAAAGUAGUUUUAAAUAAUUUAACUCAUAUUUUCAAAAAAUGUGAAGUAAUUGUCUCAGCAUUAUUGCUGCUACAUAAACUAAUCAUAAUAUAGUGUUUUUUUUUCAGAUAAUGUAACCUGUCUUUAAAAUUAAAGAAACUUUUAGCCCAAUCCUAUGCAGACAUUAAUUACAUUGUGUUCAAAGGGACUUCCUACCUGGUAAAUAUGAAGAUCUGUUUUUCAUUGUCUUGAGAUGAUUCACUGAUAUGGAUUGUCACAUGUAGAAUGUUGUUUUCAUCCAGAUGCUUCAACUCAAGAACUAUUCUGUGAAUACAAUUCCUAUCUGCUGCUAUACACCAAUAGCUUUACACACAUUCAUGUGGUUUAAUAUGGUCUAAAGCAAUGUUUCUUAUUUGGUGUCCUUGUUAAUUUACACAUUUACUAUUUGAUUCAUUUAAUUCUUAGACUUCUUUUUUGAUGUAUUGCUGGGAGAAGUGGGUUCAAUUUUCUGAUUAAGGAGUUUUGUUUCUUCUGGGACAAACUGUGAAGAUGAUAAACAGCAAUGGCAUUGUGAUAACUUCUUUUAAUGUGCAGUAGGAAACAAUAAUGCUCAUUUUUGAAGUAUAUGCAGUAUUAUUCAAAAGUGAGGAAGAGAUGAGAUUUAUGUACUCUUUUACACAAAAUUUUUAUUUGGUAUUCAAGGAAGCACAACAUUUUGUUUGCUUACUUUUUAAAAAAAUAAAGAAAAUGGGUAAACA